UAACUUAACCCCUUCCCCUUUCCCCAUCAUAUUCCCCUCCUCCUCCUUUCAGUCCCAUUUCCUCUCCUCCUGCCUGUGUUCCCACCAUUUCUUCUUCGAACAAUCGCUGUUUGUUGAAUGAAAUGUAUAUGCUUGCAUCCUUUGAUUGCUUUGAUACAGACCCACCUUGAUAGAUAGAGUUGAAGGACCUUUUCAAACUUGUUAACAAUGGCCGAAACAGCAGACGAUGAUGAUGGCGGCGUUCCUUUAAUUCGUUGCCCCAGUUGUCAAAAAUUGUUGCCGGAGAUCACCCAUUUUUCUGUUUAUGAAUGCGGCAAUUGCGGCGCUGUCCUCCAAGCUAAGAAUAAAGGUGUUGACUUGGAUGCUUUCCCGGUCAACUCCAACUCUGAUGUGGACAGCAUUAGAACAGGAGGGACCGAGGCGGCGAGUUCGGAGAAAAGAUUGGUGAGUGUUUCGGAGAGGAUUAGAAAGAUAGAGAUGAGCGAUGGUGAUUCAGAGGCUGAGAGUGAUAAGAUGAUGACGAUGAUGAUGAUGAGACGGCCGAGCAUUGGCGCUGGCACUAGAGUAGUUGUGCAUGAUAACAAUAAUGGGGGUGGGGGGGCUACGGCUACAUUGAGAAGUAGUAGUAGUAGUAGCGGUGAAGAGGAAAGACUCGGUGAUGGUGAUGCUGAGGUCAUCAGCCGGGACAGAAGGAGGUCUGUGGCGGUGGAACUGGAGCGAGCCAAAAUGCAUCCAGCUUGGGGGCCUGAGGAGAAUGAAUUGGGGGGUCCAGGGCGACGAGGACGAAAUGACAGAAGAGGCCAAGCGGAAGGCUUCGUGAGAAGUAGAAGAGGAGGAAGAAACGCAGCAGCAGGAGAAGAAGACAUGCUGCCUUUUGAUGCUGGUCCUCGUGUUGGGUUUGGGCAAGAUGGAGCCCAACUUUUGAAUUUGAAGCAGUUGGAAGUGAGGAAAGAUAGUAAUAAUUCGAUUGGGAUUGAGCAGGCUAAACAAGAGAUGAGGGUGGCUCCCAGGAUAAUGGACGAGGAGGAGGAGGAUCAUGAUCAUGAUCCUUAUAAAGUGUAUGCUGCUGCUGCUGCAGCAUCAUCAUCUUCAUCUUCAUCGUCAAUGAAGCAGCAGCAAGGGGAGACGAUGUGGAUUACUCAUCGGCAAAACUCAUACCAUCAUCAAAAUCAAUAUCAAUACCAUCAUCAAUAUCAAUAUCAAUAUCAAUACCAGCAUCAAUAUGCAGAGCCACCCUGCCCAGCCGGUUUUGAUCCUCCUCCUCCAAGUCACGGCUGGGGGGGUCUAUCAAGGAGGUCUUACAUGCCAAUGCCGCUGCCUCAUGUCGUCUAUCAUCAAGCACAUACACUACCACCUCCACCUCCACCUCAUCCUCAUUCACAUAGGAGGAGGACUGGAUCUGCAGGAAGUGGACCACCCUACCAGAAUGAUACCGAGGAGGAGGGGGGCGACGAGGAUAAUACUGUACUAGUAGAGCCAUAUCCCGUGAAUUACUCUCACACCCACACCCACACCCACGCCCGCCGCCAUCAUCACCAUCCCUCCUGUCCUUGCUACCAGUGCCUCAGCCAGAGGUUACUACUUCCAGCAGCACCCCCUAUUCUUCCAACUGCCUACACCAAUCAUAACUACUCUGACAUGCUCGCUUAUAAUCACAAUUCAAGACAUCAUAACCCAAGAUUCUCGGACCACCCCCCUUCAUUAAAAUCUCAUCAUUCUCAAUCAUCACAGGCUAGGUGGCCUAGUGUUGUGGAUUCUGAGGUCAGUGGUUAUAUUCACCAUCGCCGCCGCCCACGCGGUGGAAAUCAUUGCAGCCCUAUUGCGGGUGGUGCUCCAUUUUUAAUGUGCUAUAAAUGCUCUGAGUUGCUGCUGUUGUCUAGGAAAGUUCUCACUAAGAAUAUCAAUAAAGUGAGAUGCGGGGCAUGCUCUACACUUAUUGUUCUUGCAUUGUCCAAGAAGACCUUAGCAGCUGUUUCUUCAAAUGGAUUGCCUGCUGAUCAGAAUGGUCCUAUACAAGUUAACAAGAUUAAGCCUGCUGCAGGUCAUGUGAUGGCGACAAGCGUCGAUGCACCCCACACAACCUUUUCAUCCGACGGCUAUGAUAGUUUCCUCCGUAUGGAUAGAGAUUCUGGGCAUAGCGUCUACAAAUCUAUGCAGGAUGUGAAACCCCAUCGUUCUACGACAUCUAAUUCGUAUGCUUCUGAGACUGAGGGAGACAAGGACAAGCGCUGGGACUGUUUGGCUGGUGCUGAGAUUAAAAAAGAUUCUAGUUUGGCUGACCACUCAACAGAAAGCAAAGGGCAGCCACCAUUUUCAGGUCCAUCUCUUCAAGAUUACUUUGAGCAUUCAAACAAGUAUCAUGCAGUGGACCCUCCUCCUAAUGAACAGAGCUUAUUAUCUGACCACUCUGAACAUGAGAAACGUUUGGGAAACAAGACAAGUACUACGAGACAGAUUUCGAGGAAAGAAUCAUCAGCCACCGAGAUAGAUUUGUCUUCAAAUGAGUUCAAUAGUACUGGAACAACGUUGGAUUCUGGCGAAGCAAGCAGAGGAAGAGGUAAUGAUCUUAAAGCCGGCAGAGCGGCUAAGUCAUUUUUUGCUGGCAUUGUAGAGGAGAGCUUUAAAGAUUCAGAUAGAUUCAAUGAAGGUGUUGAGCAGGAACUAGGCCGGGCCAGUGUGACCGUAAAUGGGCAUCUAAUUCCUGAUCGAUUGAUUAAAAAAGCUCAAAAACUUGCCGGACCAAUCAGCCCUGGGAAUUACUGGUACGAUUGCCGGGCUGGUUUCUGGGGCGCCAUCGGAGGUCCAUGUCUUGGGAUAAUUCCUCCAUUUAUAGAAGAGUUCAACUACCCUAUGCCGGAGAGAUGCAGCGGAGGGAAGGGGACGGCUGUGUACGUGAACGGUAGGGAACUGAACGAGAGAGAGUUGAAUUUGCUGGGGGGUAGAGGGCUCCCGAAAGAAAGGGAGAGAUCAUACAUCAUAGAGAUCUCUGGAAGGGUCCUGGAUGAGGCCACCGGCGAGGAGCUACAAGGUCUUGGCAAGCUUGCGCCCACGUCAGUGCACGUGGAGAGAAUGAAGCGUGGAUUUGGCAUGAGGGAGCUAGCCCCACAAGCAGCUGUAUGACUGACUGACUGACUAGACGAGGGCCUCAGCAGAUAUACAGAGCCGAUCAGAUCAGAUUAGAUCAGCAGUCCGAGGCUGGAUGAUGGUGGCGAUAUCUGUAUUAAUAAUAUAUUGUUCCUUCCUUCCUGUGCUGCCUUGCCUGGCCUGUACAAUACAGUACAGUCAGUUUAAUUGGUCGGUGUGGUGGCUUAUUUUGACAACUAACGAACAAAGGAAUGAGGUGGGUAAUUGUUGAAAUCGCUUGUCAUGUAAAUUUGCUGCUGCUAUAUAGAUUUGAUUGGGUUUGGUUGGGUUGGAUGAAUGAAUAUCUUUAGCUUUCCCUUUUGCUUGU